AUGACUAUUAGUGGUACACAUGCAGUGAUUGCAGCAUUGCAGAAUGGUAUUCGUGGUGAACUGUAUGUAUACUCAAAGCAUCAAAAAAUAGAAGAGUUGUAUACUUUUGCAGAGAAAAAAAUCUGUACUAUCCAUCCUGUUACACGAGAGUAUUGCAAAAAACAUGCGAUACGUCAAAAUAUUCAACUUAAAAUCAAGAAUUCCCCUCUAACUCAGGUUCAGAAACUAAGUACUUGGUUGCAAGACACAAAAGAUAUAGACAAGCUAUUAGUGCUUAUUAUCGAUCAUAUUCAUGACGCUCAAAAUCUAGGCGCAAUAUUUCGAUCCUCCGCCCUUUUUUCAGUGGAUUUACUUAUACUACCCAAACGUAGAGUAGCUCCCAUUAAUGAUGCAGGUAUCCGCAGUGCUUCAGGGGCAAUUACCCUUGUGCCAACAUGUACAGUAUCUAAUGUCCAUUCAGCCUUACGGGAACUGAAGGACUACGGUUUUUGGAACUACGCUCUUGAUGCUCGAGGCAGCUCUUCUUAUACAGCGGAACUAUCUAAGAGGAGUGCAUUUAUUCUCGGUAAUGAGGCGAAGGGGCUUCACGAACUUGUAAGCAGAAAGAGUGAUUUUUUACUAUCAAUUCCAAGCAGCGGAGCUGUAGACUCAUUUAACGCAAGCGUAAGUCUUGCUAUUAUUUGUUAUGAAUAUCGUAGACAACACCCUUUGUUGCAAAAAUAG